CAUGGUUAGCAUCCCAAAUAUGCUCUCCAGCUUGGAUGUCUGACAUAUCGUCUCAGACGCAAACUCCAGCCAUCUCCUCUCUAGCAUUGUGUCUACUUGCUUUCCGAGCUCUGCGGCUGACCAUUUGAGCAUGGCAAAGGUUGAUUAGGCUGACCAUUUACCCUCAUUCAAGGUCCAUUGCGCGUGUAUCUGCUUCGUCAAUGUCAUCGGCCGCCGAUAGCCUUACUACGUUGAGUCUUGAGACCUCCCAAUUCCCAUAGCGCAUAUUAGCGUCGUCCAUGCCACCGGCAUGCAUGCAUAAUGCGUCACGUCUAUCAAGCCCUAUUCCACUGGCCGUUCCACAGUCGAUCCGAAACUCCCGUGUUAGUAGCAUCUCCAUUAGGUAGAUUUGUCGGUCAGAUCAAGCCAUGGCAUGUGCUCUGUUUAAUCGCUCUUGCCGUGCAAGUGUACCUCUUCCGUAGCUACGAGAUCGGUUGCAAGUGCUCCCAAACAUGCACGGGUCAAGCAACCGCGCAACAAGGGUCGUACGCCUCCCUCGUUACAUCUCACCCGCGUGUCAAUGAGAACGGGGCCGAUGCUCCAGGAGGAAUCAAUUUUCAUGACGGGCAGUUGGGCACCUCCGGGCAGAUCGGGCAGGAUUCCGUGUUUUCACAAAACCAGCACCUGCAGCCGCAGCAACAGGAGGUGCAGCAGCAGCAGCAGCAGCAGCUGUUGGUGAAUUAUGCACCACGGCAAGUGGAGCAACUGCAGCAGCAGCAGCAGCCAGUGCAAGACCCCUUCCAGCCGCGGCAGCAGGAGCAGCAGCCGAAGCAAAACGUGGAGCAAGAGGAGCAGGAAGAGCCGGCUCAGCAGCAGCAGCAGCAGCAGCAGCAGGACCAGGCGCCGGGUAGUCUCUCGAACCAGCAAGACGAACCACGCCCCCGUUAUUUUACCGGCAGAGUGGAGGACUCUCAGCCGCACCUGGUUGCGCACGACACAUGCAAUCUGGAGACACUAGGAGGGCGGAAGAAGGACGGCUAUGGCGCGUGGACGCUCUGCACCAAUCACGUGCGGCCAGGUGGCAUAGUGUACUCGUUCGGCAUCGGCGGCGAUGUGUCCUUUGACAACGAGAUGUUGAACAGAGGCCACAAGGUAUUCGGCUUUGACCCCACAGUCACCCCAGAGGACGUGAGCAGCUUAUUCCAAAGCAACCACGACCGAGAUCAACCGUCCACCUUCCAGUUCUGCCAGGUUGGCAUCGGGCCCGUCAACGGCGUGAUCACCUUCUUCCGCCCCAAGAACCCUCGCAUAAAAUCCAUGACAGCUGUAUCGCACGAGCAGCUAUCUGGGCGGUACGAACGCCAAGGCAUGCCGGCUCCUGUUCUCCGGUUGCCGACAUUCAUGUGCACGAACGGCCAUGGCUUCAUUGAUGUGUUGAAGGUCGAUGUGGAAGGGGUGGAGUUUGAUAUCUGUGAUGAUUGGCUACGGAUGGGCACGCCUCUCCCAGUGGGCCAAGUGUUAUUAGAGUUUCAUGACCGGUUGCUGAGGGAUGGGAAGGUGCGCAAAAGAGCGUGCUACGAGGCUAUGGCUAGAGAAGGAUUUACGGAGGUGUAUGUUAGUCGUAACAAGGAAGAAGUUACAUUUGCUAGGUUGGCUAUUGUUGGAAAUAUCUCGAAGAUUUAAGAAAUCUGAAGUGUAACACUACACUU